CCCAUCAAUCGAACCACCUGCAUCCCGACAUCUCCUCUCCACUCUGCAACACGUCCGCAGAGCUCAAUUGACUUGCUGCCUCUCCCCAUCUCCCCUCACAGAACCACACACUCGAAAAUCAAGCACACGGCCGACACAAUGCUCCGCCAAUCCGCUGCGCUCCGGGCGAUCGUACGACCUGCUGUUGUAGGGAAGAAGGGAGUGAACUCCGGGUUGGCGUUGGGACAGAAGAGAGCUGCGCAUGCGAUUAGCAACCCGACUUUGGCGAAUAUCGAGAAGAGAUGGGAGGGUCUGCCACCCCAGGAGCAGGCUGAUUUGUGGAUGGCGUUGAGGGAUCGUAUGAAGGUUAACUGGUCUGAGUUGACGUUGCAGGAGAAGAAGGCUGCCUACUACAUCGCCUUCGGCGCCCACGGUCCCCGCGCCCAAGCCCCUCCUAACGAAGGAUGGAAGGUUUUCGGCUAUGUCUGCGCAGGUAUCGGAGCUACAUUCGUCCUGUUCGCUGGUAUCCGAUCAUUUGCUAAGGGAGGCCCAUCGACUAUGAACAAGGAGUACCAGGAGGCUACAAACGAGUACUUGAAGGCACAAAACUCGGAACCCAUCUCCGGUAUCUCAUCCGAAGGAUACUCCGGCCCAGGAAUGGUCCAGAGCGCUCCAAAGAAGAACUAGAUACCUCAACUCAACUCAACUCCUCUAUUCAUCACACCCUCACUCAAUCUCGACCGAACAUUUUCACGUCCUGCUUUCGCUGUACCGCAUCCUCGACUCUCUGAUUUUCUUUUGUUCUGGACUGUAGAUAGCUGGGUUGGGUGUGAGGGUGAGGAGAUGUUUGGGUAGGGUGGAGCAUGGACGUGGUUAUUGUGUGGUGGAUGAUUGAAAGGAUGGGUGGGAUGGGAUGGCAUGAGAGUGGGAGCAGGGGAGGAAGAGUAUGGGGUGAAAUUAAGGGAGGAGGAGGGCAGGUAGAGGAAGGAAAAUGGUGGGAGGCUGGGUGGGACUUGUACAAAGUAUUACUGUUUUUUAUUUUCUGCGCGUAGAAGAAUCGAUCUGAAUUGAACUGAACCGA